AUGGCUGCUGUGAGCCCUCCCCGCCUUCCACGGGUAUUCAUCCGAUACUUUUGCCUCUACCAGCUGCUGCUGUCUCUCCACCUGCCUCCUCGCGCUUCCUCGCUUUCGUUCAACUCCAAUUUUUCCCUGCCCCGCGGCUACAACGCACAAGAUUUCAUCCUUCAGGGCGAUGCAUACUUCGACUCCCAGAUGAUCGAGCUGACAAAGAACGACCAGAGCCAAAAAAUCCAUGACAGCGUGGGCCGCGUGGUGUACGCGCAGCCGGUGUCGCUCUGGGAUGUCGCCACCGGCAAGCUCGCAACAUUCAACACCACCUUCUCCUUCCAAAUAAAGCCCGAGGACGGUGCAGUUACCGGCGACGGCAUGGCUUUCUUCCUGGGCCACUACCCACCGACAAGCAUCCCGAACCCCAUUGAGAAUGGCAGGAACCUCGGCCUCUUCACCAACAACAGCAACACGAAUGCCACCGGCAACGACCGGAUCCUGGCGGUUGAGCUGGACACCUUUUUGAACACCGGCAUAGACACCAGCAACAGCCACAUUGGCAUCGACGUCAACUCCAUAAUCUCGCGGGGGUACACCAAUGUGAUGGUGCCCGGCAAGAACCUGACGUCUGGUCUCCCUAUGACCUGCCAGGUUAGCUAUGACAAUAACACACAAAUCUUAACCGCCACUCUCAAGAUCGGUGACGUGGCCUACCACGUCGACACCAGUGCCGACCUGAGGCAGCUCUUGCCUAGUGUCGUGGCCAUCGGCUUCUCGGCUGCAACCGGGGCAGCCAUCGAGCUACACCGGAUAAUGUCUUGGUCAUUUGACUCCAGCUUAGAUGUGUCUCCGCCACCCGAGCCUCAACCACCUGCUGCUACUAAACCUAAACCUAAGAGCCACUCAAAGCUCCCCUGGCCCUCGAUAGUAGCUAUUAUUAUUUCUUGUGGCUGUGUAGUACUGUUAGUUUCUGGCUUGGUCGUUGUCUUCUGUUGCUGCCGGCACACACGAAAUAACGACCUAGAUGAGGCUCCCCCUAGAGCUGCAGGUGUCCCCAUGCAGAUGCAGAUGCAGAACGUGGUACUAGUGGACCCGGUAAACCACUUGGCUAGCAUCGCCAGAAGUUUCCGGUACAGGAUCAUCCUUGACACAGGGUGUGCCUUAGAAUACAUCCACAAACAAUGCAAUGAUUGUGUCUUGCACGGUGACAUUAAACCUUGUAACAUAUUGCUCGACGAAAGGUAUCAAGCUAAGAUUACAGACUUCGGUUUGGCAAGGCUGAUUGAUCACGAAACACAGCAAAAGACGACACAAUAUCCAGCCGGGACCCCAGGGUAUAUAGACCCGGAAUUUUUGGAAACGGGCAAGCGGAGUAGGGAGUCAGAUGUCUACAGCUUUGGCAUCGUUUUGCUGGAGAUUGUUUCAGGCCGGCGUCCAGCUGGCAGCCGAUUGCUAACAGAGGUAAGGAAUCGGCACCGCAGACAUGCGAUCAAUGAAGCAAUAUACCCACGGCUGCUGGACGAGUCAACCAGCAGGGAUCACGACGAACGCAAGAUGGAGCGUGUGCUGCUCAUCGGGCUCUGGUGCACACACCCCGACCCAACCAAGCGUCCACUCAUCAUAGAAGCCAUGAAGACACUCGAAUCAGAUGAUGAGAAUUUGGAGAUCCCUGCACUGCCGCAUCAUGUGGCCGAGCCAUUAGGUCACAGCGCCUCCUCAAGUGAGACUUCUAGCGUGCACGCCUCCACAGCUCAUGAUCAAGAUUUUCUAGCUCGUUAG